AUGAUGAAGCAUUAUUGCUUUAUCCUGUUUCUUUGUUUAGGACAAGCUAUUUCUGAAUUAUUCCAAAAUGGCGGUUUUGAGAGUAAUAAUUUUAUCGGUAAUUGGAAGUGUAAUUCAUGUCAUUUAUCCUUAACAAAUUAUCACGUGAGUGGACAUCAAAGUGGAAUGGUUACUCAGCGUACAGCGACAUGGGCAGGUAUCUCGUACGAUGUCCACAUCUCAACUGGUCGGACAUAUGUUGUCAAAGGCUACAUAAAGCUGAUAAAUAGCGUAGCGGACACCAUGUACCAAAAGGUGCAAGUGAUGGUUAGAGGGACAGAUUCACAAGGUCACACUCAUUACAUCAUGGUAUCCGAAGACAGGCACGUGCAACAAGAAUUUGAUUGGACGGAGAUUGGAGGAGAUUUCAUUAUUACAAAUCACGGUAUGAAUAUCAUAACCGUUUACAUUCAAGUGGACAACAAAGAUGUAAAUUAUAUGCUGGAUGAUAUGAGUUUAAUCGAACUUCCUGUCGACUCGCACUGGAAAUCGAAGGCUAAUGCCAGAAUAGAUGUCUACAGGAAAUCUAACAUAGACAUUAAGAUUGUCAACGGAAAUGGAAUGGACACAUCCGAUCUACAGAUGGAGCUGGAGCAGACAAAGAGUGCGUUUGCAUUUGGUACUGCAAUCAAUGCUGAUGCCAUACACGACCCGACGCAAAAAGGCUAUCAGGACUUCUUCUAUAACAACUUUGAAUGGGCUGUGUUAGAAAAUGCUCUCAAAUGGAGAUUGAUGGAGUGGACACAAGGACAUGCGAACUUUGAUAGACCUAUGGCAGCUAUACGUGCAAUGCGUUCCAAAGGAAUCAAGAUCAGAGGUCACAACAUGUACUGGGCGGCCGACCAAAGCGUUCCCAAGUGGCUAUCGCCUAUGAGUAAACAAGAGCUAUUGCAGGCAAUGCACACCCAUCUGAACGAUGUGAUCUCGCACACAAGAGGAACAUUAGAACACUGGGAUGUAAACAACGAAGAUAUACACGGGAAUUACUUUGCACGACACUUAGGGAACCCGAACAUCACAAACGAUAUGUUUCGAUGGUUACACCAAGCAGAGCCUGACGUCAAACUGUUUCUAAAUGAAUUCAAUGUCGUCAGCAGCCGAUUUUCAACAACUGCAUAUAAAGAACACGCAAGGCGAUUUAAGGAAUCCAACGUUCCGAUAUACGGAGUAGGAAUCCAGAGUCACUUCCACGGUUCCAAUCCGGAUAUGUCAACAGUUGAGUAUCGACUGAACAAGGUUGCGGAGACGGGACUUCCUAUGUGGAUUACGGAGUUGACAGUCGAAAAUCACAAUGCAGCUCAGAAGGCGGACACACUAGAGGACUUAAUGACUUUGUACUUCAGUCACUCAUUGGUGGAAGGCAUGCUACUCUGGGGCUAUUCGGAUCAACAUGUGUACAGUCAGGGUAUAGCAUUAGCACACGGCGCCGAUUGUACGCCAAAUGCAGCGGGGUUGAGGUACCAGCAACUCUAUAGAAAAUGGCGUACGGACGUGACCACCAAUCUUCAUAGUCAGACCGUUCGUGGCUUUAAAGGAGACUACACGCUCCGGAUUAAAUCACAUGGACAUACAAUUGAAACCCGUACGUUCACACUCGGUGACUCAAACAAGACGUUGUCUGUCAGUCUGUCCGGAACAGCGGCCCAUGCUCACUCCCAUACUGUAAUAGCAUAG